AUGGCUCUUAAGUAUCAUAUGUGUCUGCUGGGACUGAUCUUUCUUGCUUCACUUCUCACAGGUACCAGUGGAGAGGAUGAGACUCAUGUGUUCAUCAGUUCUGGUGAAAAUGUCCGUCUGCGCUGUAAUAAUGCUCUUCAUGACUGCAAAUCAACUACAUGGCUCCAUAACAGAUUCAGAUAUUCAGCAACAGUUGAACUAAUUGGUUUAGGGAUAAAGAAGACAGACACAGAGAGUCAUGAGAGACUGAGUCUGGGGUCCGACUGCUCUCUGAACAUCAAGAACGUCACAAAAGAAGAUUGUGGAUCUUACAGCUGCCAACAAUGGACAGGUCUGAAAGGACAACAAAAACAGCAAGGAACUGAUGCUCGUGUUUUUCUUCAUGUCCUUCAUGUCUCUUCAUCAUCCUCACAGACUGAGAUCAGUGCAGGCCGCUCUGUGACUCUCUCCUGUCAGUUGUAUUCAUAUUCAUAUACUGGAGUCUCUUGUGAUGUUUGGAUCCGUUCUGAGAGAAUUGAGCUGUUCUGGGUGAAUCAGGCUAGUGUGAAAAAACAGACAAGAUCAGACUCCAGAUAUCAGAUAUCAGCUCCAGAUCACUGUCUCAUCACUCUGAAUACUACACUCCUGAAUGAAGAUGACAACAGAGAGUGGAGAUGUGAAGUUACUCACAGAGAUCAAGUCAAGAGCUCAGCCAUAUAUACUGUCAUGAGUUCAGCUCAAGAUGAUACAGUGUCACCAGUAAUUCCAGUCCACACCACAAGAUCAACUACAAUGAGACCAGCAGCUUCUACACAAGUGAUUGUGAUUAUUUUUGAGUUUGCAGCGUUUGCUGCUCCUACUGUGAUUCUUCUUCAGAUCAUCUGUGCAAGAAGAGCUGGGAGGAAGAAGUAG